CAACCCCGCCCAUUUUAGCAAUGGCGAUGUCACUGUCGCCAGCCAUGGCGCUGGCUGGGCAACCAAGUGCGUUGUGAGCACUUUUCUACACUUGAAGCUUUGCUAGCGGGUGCCUAUCUCUGGGGUGCGAAAGAGCUCUGACAGCGCGAAGGGAUUUGGUUGGUUUCUUCUCGUUUUGCAGCGAUGGCGCCGGUGCAAUUGGAGAGCCAUCAGCUGGUCCCGCUGGGCGGUGGGCCCGCAUCGGCUCCGGCUCCACCGCCUCCAGGGACUGCGACCGCGGCAGCUAGUCCUGGAUACCGACUCAGCACUCUCAUCGAUUUUCUGUUGCAUCGGACGUAUGCCGAGCUCACUGUCCUGGCCGACCUAUUACCAAGAAAAACUGAUAUGGAAAGGAAAAUAGAAAUAGUGCAGUUUGCAAGUCGUACACGGCAGCUGUUUGUCCGAUUAUUAGCCUUGGUAAAAUGGGCAAAUAAUGCUGGGAAAGUUGAAAAAUGUGCGAUGAUAUCAAGCUUUUUAGAUCAACAAGCUAUUCUGUUUGUGGACACUGCUGAUCGGUUAGCCUCACUAGCCCGAGAUGCUUUAGUUCAUGCCCGUUUGCCAAACUUUGCUAUCCCAUAUGCUAUCGAUGUGCUGACAACUGGGUCAUAUCCACGAUUGCCAACAUGUAUACGGGAUAAAAUAAUUCCUCCAGAUCCAAUAACAAAAAUUGAGAAACAAACAACGUUGCAUCAGUUAAAUCAGAUUCUCCGCCACCGACUAGUAACCACAGAUCUUCCACCACAGCUGGCUAAUCUUACAGUAGCUAAUGGUCGUGUAAAAUUUCGUGUGGAGGGUGAAUUUGAGGCUACCUUAACUGUGAUGGGAGAUGAUCCUGAUGUCCCAUGGCGCCUUCUCAAACUGGAAAUUCUAGUUGAGGAUAAAGAAACUGGAGAUGGCCGUGCCUUGGUUCAUAGUAUGCAGAUCAAUUUCAUCCAUCAAUUGGUCCAGUCCCGCCUGUUUGCUGAUGAGAAACCUUUGCAGGACAUGUACAACUGCCUACAUUCCUUCUGCUUAUCUUUGCAGUUGGAAGUUUUACAUUCACAGACUCUAAUGCUGAUCCGAGAACGUUGGGGUGACCUUGUACAAGUGGAACGCUACCAUACAGGCAAAUGCCUGUCCCUCUCUGUCUGGAACCAACAAAUUGUUGGGAGAAAAACCGGAACAGCAUCUCUUCAUAAAGUUACUAUUAAGAUUGAUGAGAAUGACGUAUCAAAGCCUUUGCAAAUUUUUCAUGAACCUCCCCUUCCAGCAUGUGAUUCCAAACUAAUUGAGAGAGCUAUGAAGAUAGACCAUUUAUCAGUAGAGAAGCUUCUAAUAGACAGUGUCCAUGCAAGAGCACAUCAGAAACUCCAGGAAUUGAAGGCCAUUCUUAAGAGCUACAACACCAGUGACAAUUCUUUUAUAGAAACGGCUCUCCCCACACUUGUUAUUUCUAUUCUGGAGCCUUGCGGGCGAUCUGAAUGCUUACACAUAUUUGUAGACCUUCAUUCUGGAAUCUUUCAGUUAAUGCUUUAUGGAAUUGAUCAGCAGACCUUGGAUGAUGUAGAGAAGUCUGUCAAUGAUGAUAUGAAGCGUAUCAUUCCUUGGCUUCAGCAGCUCAAGUUUUGGCUUGGGCAGCAGCGUUGCAAACAAUCAAUAAAACAUUUGCCUACAGUAAGCAGUGAAACAUUGCAGCUAGUUAAUCAUGCUACUCAUCCUGUGGGAAAUCUUUCCAGCCACAAACUUUUUAUCAAGCUUACCCGACUUCCACAGUAUUACAUUGUAGUGGAAAUGUUUGAUGUUCCCAAUAAUCCUACGCAACUAGAAUACAAAUACUACUUUCUUUCUGUGAGUUAUGCUGAAGGAGAUGAUAGCCCUGCCACUGCAGUUUUACUCCAACAAUAUAAGUCAAAUAUUGAAGAAUUGGUUUUGGACACAAAAAGUAGCAAACAAGCAAAAAGUGGCACAAAACGCAAGUUGUGUGAUGAACUGUGCCCCACAGAACCAAAAAAACCAAAACAGUCUGGAGAAAUGUGUGCAUUCAAUAAAGUUUUAGCUCAUAUUAUAGCAAUGUGUGAUACAAAUAUGCCCUUUAUAGGACUCCGCAUGGAGUUAUCCAGUAUGGAGAUCCCACAUCAAGGUGUCCAAGUUGAAGGAGAUGGUUUCAGUCAUGCUAUUCGUUUAUUAAAAAUCCCUCCAUGUAAGGGUAUUUGUGAGGAGACCCAGAAGACUCUGGAUCGUUCUCUUCUUGAUUGUACUUUCCGAUUGCAAGGUAGAAAUAAUCGUACAUGGGUGGCUGAACUGGUGUUUGCAAACUGCCCGCUUAUCAGCACUUCUUCCAGGGAACAAGGACCAACUCGUCAUGUUUAUCUGACAUAUGAAAAUCAGUUGUCUGAACCAGUUGGUGGCCGAAAAGUAGUUGAGAUGUUUCUAAAUGACUGGAAUAGCAUUGCCCAAUUAUAUGAAUGUAUGUUGGAGUUUGCUCGAUCUUUGCCAGAAAUACCAAGCCAUCUAAAUGUUUUCUCAGAAGUUCGGAUCUAUAAUUAUAGGAAACUAAUUCUUUGUUAUGGGACUACCAAGGGAAGUUCUGUAAGUAUCUUUGAUCUUUCUCUUAAAGCUAUGUUAAUAUUGUAUAGUUACUGUCUUUAAAUAUACUGUCUUAUUUUAAACACAGUUAUUAGGCUGCUACCAUCCUUGCUAAGGGGUGUUCAGUAUUAUGGUCUUGUCUGUACUGGAAUGGUAAUUGUCUCUCCCCUGCCCUCCUUUAGCUUAUCAUUAGAUAUUUUCCCAAAUUAACAUUUGAUGAUAGCUAGCUAUGUAUGUUCGAUUAGAAUCUUGAUUCUUCUGUACUGUAUUUCCCUUAAUAAUAGUCUUAAGGUAAGGGGAUUGUAAAGAAAAGAUGUGAAUUAUGAAUAUAUGAAUAGUCAGAAAAGAAAGGACAAAAGUGGAUAAUAGUUUGUGUGUUUAUGAAUUAGGAAUUCAGUCUCUACUCUCAUUUUACAUAUUCUUUUCUAUUAAGUUUAUGCCACAAGUUAUAUUUUAAUCAAAUCAGAAAACUGCUGUGCAACAGACCAGAUAUAGCUUGCCAUGCAAAGCAUGGAAGGAAAGGAGUUUAGAGUUCAUUCCUAUAGUUCCAUAAUGACACUCCAUAACUUCUGUGCUACCUAAGAACCUCUGAUGCAUUAGGGGUUGUACUGAAUUCAUAUUUUACUGACAGAGAAAUAAAGGUUAUCUUUGUCGGUAAAAUAUAAAUUCAACAAAAAAUAGUUUGUCACAAAAGCGACUGCCUAUGAAGGCUCCUGGAUUGGGGCUAAAAGGCAAAAGCGGAAGCAGUAAUCUCCAUCCCAUAGUUGGGUAGACCAAGUUGGCCUGACAGACUGGUCUCACUGGAAAAAACACAUCAGUAGUUGUAUUUUUCUGGCGUUUUCCAAAAAUAUGAAUUGUUUAAAACCUUUUUUGUGUUAAAAUAGUUAAAUUUUCACUGAAGUAUAGGAACUAGGCAUUGACACAUUUUGG